ACUUUUGAGGCUUGCAUGAGCCUCUGCGGUUAAAAAGAAGACGGAAAUUACCCGUGAGACAGUUUAUCACAAGCACCACGCUUGAGGAUCUUGUGGCCAAUGUCACAAGAAGAAGUCGAAGAUAUUUUGGGAAAAGUGUAAGGUAGAUUGAUUUAGUUAGCGAGUGGAGUGACCUUUUUGAAAAUAUCAAAGAACGUCUUGUUUUUUUUUUGGCAAAGUGAAUCGACUUAGGAGUGGAAAUGCGGUGGUUUAUUUCGAUGAUAGCAAUAUUAUCUGUUGUCAACUGCAGACCCCAGAAUGCCCAAAAUACUCCAGGAACUACAGUCGAAUUGGAGAAACAAUCGAUAGUAGAACUGAAAGCCAACAACCCAGAUCAGAAAAGUAUUGAAGCAAACACCAAUGCCAUUCUAGAAAAAAUAGCAGCAGUGAACAAGAAACAAGGUGUACCAAAGAAGCAAUCCACCAACAACUACUUUCAGAUUCCCUCCAGUUUUUCCAGGUCUCAAGAAGAACCCAAGCAUCGUGAUACUCCCCGAGCGGACUUCAGAUUUCCUACAAACCCCUUCAGCAACCCUAUAUUCGACUAUCUGGAAAGAGACAAACAAUCAGAUGGAGAUGAACGCGAGCACCAAACGAAGUACGCCGUCACGAACAAGAGACAGUCACAACAAUAUCCGUAUCCAGUCGGCUAUGAAGUUUCAUCCACCAAUCACAACGCGGAAGUUGCGGAAGAAGACUUGAUACCAGGACAGUACGUGAAACGAAAGAUAGUACACCAACAGUCAGUGUUAGUUCCGAAUCCUAACUACUUUGGUCAACCCAUGAUGCCACCAAACUAUCCUCCGAAUAAUAUGAUACCCUAUCCCAUGCAAACACCUUUCCUUAUGCCAGGUUUACCAAUCGAACAUCCUCAAAUUGGGGAACAAAACAGUACUGGAGAGCAAACCAUCAUGAGUGAUUUAGAACGACAGACUAUCGAUAACAUAAAAAACAUCGUAUCGAAUUCUCAGCUGAGGAACCCAGUGUAUCCAGGGUAUUACAACCCUUAUGAGCAGCAGCAAAUAGGAAAUAACCCGAGCGAACUCCAGUAUGGUUUCUUAGAUCCCAACAAAGAGGUUCUUGGUCAAGCUCCAGCGCAGAAUCCUGGCUAUCAGAUUUACGGACCGUUUCCACUACCCAACCAAGAACAAGCUCGCCAAAACUGGAACUGGCCUGGAGCUAACUUCUUCCCUAUUUACAUCAAAGAUCCUUUCCUUCAGAUGUACAAUGCCGUCACUAGUAUGAUAGAGUAUGGCCCUAACGCUGGUAUGCAAAACCCUUGUCCUCUGUCCAGACCAGCUAACAAGAAUAAGCUGAAAACAGAGGCUUUGCUGAGAGAAGGGAAAACUGCUGAUACAGACAGCACGAAAAUUAGCGUGGAAGUUAAUGGAGACAGUGCCUCUCCUGAAAUUACAAUCAACGGGCUGAAUUCCCCAGACAACAACGGUUCCUAUCUAGACAUAGAGAACCUGGACAUAGGCACUGGCAAAGACAACAGCAUGAAGUUCACGGUGAGCGUCAAAACUGAAGAAAGAGUCGGCAAAGACUCUUCAGAACCGAGAUCCACUUGGGACAAAGUCAAAGUAACUGGCAAGUCUAACUCCCUGGUGCUUAACUCUUCAAGACAGAACGGAAAAAACCAAGAACUCCCAAAAGAUAUGAGACCUAUCACAAUCUUCAAGAACCAAAUGCCGCCUAAGCCUACUCAGACCGUUUUGUCCCCUCCGAUUCGUGAUCCUACCCACCAGACUGAUGAAUUCGGAGACGAGAGUGAAGAGGACGAUAAAAGCGAAGAACUGAUCUCCAACGACCACAACAAGAAGUUAUUCAGCAGGGACAACACUGGAAGUGGUGUCUUCAUACAUAAGCUGAAGGUCAGGAAAGGUGGGGUGGCUAUAGCUGGACCAGGGGGUAUAGCUACAGCUGGCAGCGGAGGCACUGCUAUUGUGGGACCUAAUGGGAUCGCUUAUACACAACCUGACAGUUUGGCCAUUGCUGGUUCUGGAACGAAGGUCAUAGCUGUAGAUCCAGCAGUCAAUUUGGGGGAACUGGUUAAUAGUACCUUAGGUGGGAAUAGAACGAGGCUAGAGGGGCUAGCUCAUUCUAGGGUUGGGAAAGUAGUAGCUGUAGGGCCAGUCGUUUAUUAUAAUAAAGGUUAGGCUUUUAUUGAAAGAAGAAUGAGUUCUUUUUGUAUAUACUUAUAAGCAGUAAUUGACUUUUUGAGGAUUCAGUUAUGCCCAUUUGAUCAUUUGUUAACAUAUCCAUGAUUCAGGAUGAAAUCCGAAAAUUAUUGUUUUAUCUGAUUCAAAUUAUAUAAUAUGUAUCUAUAAUUCAGUAUUGUAGCCUCCAAAAUUGGUCUUAUCAAACUCUUUUUCCAAUUCGAAUAAUGAGGUAUGUAUGCAGAUAUAUUGAAGAUUUGCUAGGAAAGAGAUGCUUGAAGCUCAAUUAAAAAUGCCUUAUCUUGUCAAAUAACUAGAAGUAAUUAGUAUCAGUUAGAGAGUGUUGUGUUGAAAAAAUAUAUAGAAGAUGCUUUAAAUUUUUUCCUGCAAUGGUGGGAUCGUCUAAUGACAUCAGGAAAAAAUAUAUUGAAUGAUAUAAGAUACUCAAUGUCUCAAUGUCUACUAUUUUAUAUAAAUUCAUUAAAUGAGCAGUUAGGGAUUAUGGAUUAGACAUUUAACAAUAGAUCAGUAUAAUAAGAUAAUUAUGUCUUCUUUCAAAGUCAACAUUGGACUGCUUCACAGUAGGUGAAUUGGUAUUGGUCAGUUAUAUAACUGUGUUGUGAUCUUCAUAAAUAAAUAAUAUUACUUCAG